UGUAUUUUCUCAUUCAUAAGAUCCCUAAAUAGCCUGUCUGUCAUACCGACAUUGCGUUAUUGGCGCCGGCACAGUUGUGGCAACGGCAUCGUGAGCAGCGAUAAGUCUUUUCAAACGUGUCGCCGAAGCGAGUGCACUGCACAAUGAGUAAGGUUUCAAGAGAUACACUUUAUGAGUCUGUGGAGGCAAUCCUCACUCAGUCGAAAGACAAACCGCGCAAGUUUCUGGAAACGGUUGAGCUUCAAAUUUCACUGAAGAAUUAUGAUCCUCAGAAAGACAAACGUUUCUCUGGCACUGUGAAGCUGCCACAUGUGCCAAGAGAAAAGUAUCGUGUCUGUGUUCUGGGUGACGCUGCACAUUGUGACGAGGCAAAAGCUAAUGAUUUGCCAUGUAUGGAUGUCGAUGCUCUCAAGAAAUUGAACAAGGAUAAAAAGCUUGUGAAAAAACUAGCCAAAAAAUACAAUGCCUUCCUUGCUUCUGAGUCCUUGAUCAAACAGAUUCCCAGACUUCUUGGACCAGGUCUCAACAAAGCUGGAAAAUUCCCAACUCUUGUGACGCAUAAUGAUGCUCUGACAAGCAAGGUUAAUGAAAUCAAAAGUACCAUCAAGUUUCAGAUGAAAAAGGUUUUAUGUUUGUCUGUUGCCGUUGGAAACGUUGGAAUGUCUGAUGAUCAACUGGUCCAGAAUAUCAACUUGGCAAUCAAUUUCUUGGUUUCACUGCUGAAAAAGAAUUGGCAGAAUGUGCGUGCACUCUAUGUGAAGAGUACCAUGGGAAGACCACAAAGAUUGUAUUGAUUAUAUCUCAAUAAAUUCUAUUAUGCCAAGAUA